UCGACACAUGGUCGCGUAUUUGUUUACUUCCCUUCAGACAAUCUGCAUCAAUCUGAGAAAUUCCCUCAAAAUCCCCAUUUAAUCGCGACUAAAGUGUGAUUUGCGCGUGGAAAAUGAGUCAGAAGGUUCACCGCGAGCGGCAUCAGCCGGAAUCCAGGAAGCAAUUGGGCAUUCUUGAGAAGAAAAAGGACUACAAAGUGCGAGCGCAGCACUACAAGGAGACACGCGAGACGAUUAAAAUCCUCAAGAAAAAGGCCCUGAACAAGAAUGCCGAUGAGUUCUAUCAUCACAUGAUCAAUCAGAAGCCGAAGCGGGACUUUGCUGACUUUGGCGAGUGGAAGCCCAAGGAAAAGGUCACGGAGGAAUCUCUGCUGCUGAAGACGCAAGAUCUCAAGUAUCUCACAUCGAGGAGAACCAUGGAAACUGCCCAGAUCAACAAAUUGUCAUCGCAACUCCACAUGGUGGAUUCUGAGCUGGCUCGGAACAAGCACACUUUCUUCGUGGACAAGGAUGAGUUCAAGCACUUCGACGUGGCCAAGAGACUCAACACACACCCACGCCUGUUGGGAAACAAGACAAAUCGUUUAACGCUGGAGCAGAUAGAGAAAAUGGGGGAUUUGGACGUGAGUGAGGAGGACAUCCAAGCGAUUAAUGCUCUCAAGAGGAAGUCAUACAAGAUGCUGAAGGAGCGAAUUGACCGAGAGAAACAAAUUUCUGAGGCACACCUCAAACUCGAGCGAAAAGUAGCGAAGGACAAGAGAAGAUUAGCAGAGGACACUGAAGAUGGGAAGCCGAAGAAGCAGCCAAAUUAUGUGAGAAAGAAAUAAAAUCAUCUGUACCUUCAGUAAAGCUUCUCAAUCCACU